CUUUUUGCGAAGGAAUGCAUCGAUAGCUAUUUUAGCUAUACCCACGCUCAACUCCUACGGCCGCCGAUGUCUGCUUAGAACAGUCUUCCAUUUUUCCUUCUAGAAGACAAGACAUGCGCGCGUUGAGCUGGCUGAGCGGCCUAGGCGCCGCCUCCGCCCUACAGCAGUUGCUACCCGGUCCCGCGUCGCAGCCCGUAGCACCGAGCCAAGACCCGUGGUAUUCGGCGCCGCUCGGCUUCGAAGCCGCCACGCCCGGCUCUAUCCUUCGGGUCCGCCAAGCGCCAGGCAACUUGACAACCGUCAUUAGCAGCGCCACCGCCGCCUACAACAUCCUCUACCGUACUACGGAUUCGCGCUACAAGCCCUCCUGGGCCGUCACCACGCUCUUCGUCCCGCCUACCUUCUACACCUCUCCGUCCGGAAACAAGGCGCUGAUAUCCUACCAAUUCGCCUACGACUCCGCCGCCCUCGACUCGAGCCCCUCCUAUGGCCUCUACUACGACCUCUCGCAACCGGUCCCCAGCCUCGGCGUCCCCGCGGGCUCAGACCUCCUCGACUCUCUGCUCGCGGAAGGCUGGCUAGUCAAUACGCCGGACUACGAAGGCCCGACGGCCGCCUUCGGCGCCAGCGUGCAAGCCGGCCACGCGACGCUCGACUCGCUGCGCGCCGUGCUCAACCUGGCGCGGCUCAGCGGCCUCGGCGAGAUCGCCGUCGGCAUGUGGGGCUACAGCGGCGGCAGCAUCGCCACCGAGGCCGCCGCCGAGCUGCAGGUGCAGUACGCGCCGGAGCUGAACAUCAGCGGCGCCGCGCUGGGCGGUCUCGUCGCCGAUUUCGCUGCUGAUUUCGACCUGUUCAACGGCAGCGCGAUCGCGGGCGACCUGGUCUCCGUCGUGCUGGGCGUCACGGCGCAGUACCCCGAGGCCGGGGCUUAUGUCAAGAGCCGGCUGGUGCAAGCGACUGCGGCCGAGUUCCUGGGCGCGAGGAGCAUGACGCUGGGACAGGCGACGAAGUUCUUUAGUAUGAAGGACAUCUACGCGUAUUUCGUUGGAGGCGCGGCAGACCUGCAGGCCGCGGUGCUGAGGAAGGUGUAUAAUGUCGAGAUGAAACUCGGAUACCAUGGGGUGCCUGCUAUGCCGAUGUUCGUGUACAAGGCUAUCGGCGACGAGUACUGUCCCGUUGAGGAGACGGACGCGCUGGUGACGAAGUUCUGCGGCGUCGGCGCUGAUAUCACGUAUCAGAGGAACACGGUGGGAGGACAUGUGGCGGAGAUUAUAAAUGGGCAGCCGAGGGCGAUAGAUUGGUUAAGGGGAAUCUUCAACGAGACGUACACGCCCAAUGCGUUCGGAUGCUCGGUUCGUAAUGUGACGGUGAAUAUAACAAAUUUGGCCACCUAGGUAGAGAUUUAGAGUGUUGGGUAAUAAAACAUCUGAGAACGAUUGAUCUUAGUCGUCGUUGAAUUACCCCUGAGUGGGAACAUGAAUCGAAAAAGUACCUCCUAAGAAACGCUUUCCCCUCAAAUACUAAAGAACGAGGGAUCUCUUCCCGCCGCAACCUCCAAACGAAAGUUACCAUUGCAAGAUUUUAUUUUAGCAACAGUCUAGAAGACACUCAACUGAUACAUUGAAGUCAUUGUUAUGGAUAGCUUUGGCUUCCCCAAUGAGCACUUGCUUGAGGGUUUGAUUCUGUCAACGGACCUCAUCAACUUUUUGAAUUCUUCCACUACCAGGUACCUAGGUACCUAGCCUACCCCUUUUCUCGGGUCCCACUUCUAUUUCACCCUCGCACUUAUUUCCUAGGUAUCUACAACUGGAUUAUGAAGCUACUUAUAUACGACUACGUACCUCCCUACCUAUGUAUCUGUAUCUGUAUCUUUA